CGGGGAUGUUCCCGUGUGUGCGCAGUGAAUAGUAAAAGCGAAAUACCUGAUGACUCUUUGAAGCUUAAGAACCUUCAAGGAUAUCGCUUUUUGUCAAAAGGACAUAAUGACAAAUUCUUUCCCUAAACGAUCACAUAGUUUUAGCCCGUUUCGGAAAAAUGUAGACUUUGAUGCAGCAACGGUAGCAGUUGAGAAUUCUGAUGAUAUUACGUCCAUUACUGUUUCUAGUGAUCAUAAGAAGUCAAAGCGACGCUCAUUGAGAAUAAUAACGAAGAGUAUUGAAAACUCGAAAACCAAUAGUAUUUCUGAUACUCCAUCAAACAUGCGAGCUCGCCUGUCAUCCUUGUUCAAGGCAUUAUCACCUGUUAGUACUAAUAUUAAUACACCAUUCAAGAAUUCACAACAACGAAAUGCCCGCAAGCAACAUUGUACCAGUGGAUCAGUGGUAUCUUCACACUCGAAUAUCUCUUCCUUUUCAGCAUAUAACUGCUCAUCGAUUGAGAGACAUCAUGUGCAUGAUAAAAUUGAAGUACUGCGUGAUGGUACGUUAUCUUCUUUGGAAAGCGCGCCUGACCUGAUAAGCCAACCAAAGUCAUUCGCAGUUUACGAUUCUUCGUCUUCUGGCUACGAUAACUCCUCCUUUUCAUCAGCAUCAGAUCACAUACCAGCUUCUUUAGACGAUGGAAUCAUUCCUACGACUACUCUUAUACCCCAUGGAUUCACUACGAAAGAGUAUAAUGAACGUAAAAGAAAGCAAGAAGGACAAGCUAAUUUCGCUGACAAAGACACCGAUAUGAUGAAUAAUCGAAUUUCAAUAAACGCCACAACAUUCUCGCCUCCACCCUUGCCGGCUCACAGACAUUCUUUAUCGUUUAACAUCAAUCAAAUAUUAGGAUCUGCCUUGAAAGAAACUGAUGAAGAAAUAGAAAAGGACUGGGAGAAGAGUCGAAGACUACUACGUCAGUCUUUAACACUACCCUUAACUUACAAUGAACGAUUACGGUUAUAAAAAUAGUUCCUGGUUCCUGGUGUGAACCCAAAAAAAAGGGACUUUUACGUGUAACAAUAACUCAAGAUUUAGCCGAAUCAUACCCUUAACUCCAAAAGAAGUUUUUUAUACCGAAACACAGAUUGCAGAAAUCUACAGAUUU